AUGAGGGCUCGAGUAAUACUGGCUUUCGCUGUAGGCGUACAAGGCCAGCAGUUAUACAUUACCACGACUGGAUACUCUGCUCGACCUGAGUGCACUGCUGCGCCGGCCACCCCAAGCUACCGGUUUGAGCCGUUUCAAUACACACUAAAUGAAACCAUUCGCUGGCUGCCCGGAGAGACCGUCAUUUCCGCCACUGACACCGAGGACAAAUAUGGCCAGGCUGCUUGGUCGUCGCAGUGGCAGGCGGCCAGCCUGAUCAACUAUACCACCGUCGGAUUGUACACGACAACCGUGAGCCCUACCCCAAUUCCAUCCAGUGAACUAGUCCUCCCUCCCCGUGACUACUUCGGUCCUACCGACUGCUACGAUUUCCCGGAGGAUUUCAUGUUCGGCGUCGCCGGGUCUGCCGCUCAGAUCGAAGGCGCCAUUGCGCUGGAAGGCAGGGCGCCAACGAACCAGGAGAAGCUCGUCCAGGAUGACCGGCCUAAAAACUAUGUGACAAACGAAAAUUACUACCUGUACAAGCAGGACAUCCAGCGCCUGGCGGCCAUGGGUGUCAAGUACUACAGCUUCUCCAUCCCGUGGACUCGUAUCCUCCCGUUCGCUGUGCCCGGAAGUCCCGUCAACCAGCAGGCAAUCCAGCACUACGACGAUCUGAUCAACUACAUUCUCGAGGUAGGCAUGCUGCCAGUGGUGACCAUGAUCCACUUCGACUCGCCCCUCUACUUCCUGGAGGGGUCCAGCGUAUCGGCCACCCCGGAUGUUGGCGCGAGUAACGGGGGGUACUGGCAUCCCGAAUUCGUCAAAUCCUUCGUCAACUAUGGCAAGAUCCUCUUCACGCACUAUGCAGACCGAGUCCCGGUCUGGGUGACGUUUAACGAACCCCUUUUGUACUCCUUCAACUUCACCGGUAUCCAUAACGUCGUUCAGGCACACGCGGAACUGUACCACUACUACCACGAAGAGCUCGGCGGCACUGGCAAGGUUGGCUUCAAACUGAACAACAACUUUGGCGUCCCCAAGAACCCAGAAAACCAGACCGACAUCAAUGCCGCCAACCGCUUCAACGAGAUGCAGCUUGGGGCCUUCGGCAACCCUCUCUGUUUGGGCGAGCAAUACCCAGAGACACUUCUCAACACCCUCCCCGGCGCACAGAAGCUCACCGAAGCCCAGCUCGACUAUAUGGCCAACACAACUGACUUCUUUGGUAUUGACCCCUACACUGCAACAGUCGUCUCCGCUCCGCCUGGUGGCAUCGAAACCUGCGCAAAACAGAACAUGAGCACCAAUAGUCUCUACCCCUACUGCGUUACGCAGGAGACGACAAACAUCUAUGGCUGGGAUAUCGGCUAUCGUUCCCAAAGCUACGUGUACAUCACGCCGAAAUAUCUCCGCUCCUAUCUUUACUACCUCUGGAAUACUUUCCGGACUCCCGUCUUGAUCGGCGAAUUCGGGUUCCCAGUGUACGCAGAAUCCGAACGUGAACUACAAGAUCAAGUCUUUGACUCUCCACGGAGCCAAUACUACCUCUCUUACCUAUCUGAAACACUCAAAGCAAUCUGGGAAGACGGCGUGCACGUAGCAGGUGCCUUUGCGUGGAGCUUCGCCGAUAACUGGGAGUUUGGGGACUAUGCAUCCCAAUUUGGGAUCCAAGUUGUCAACCGCACUACCUUAGAGCGGGUCUACAAGAAGAGCUUUUUCGAUGUGGUGGAUUUCGUCGGGGCGCGGAACGGUUUAGGAUAUUGAUAUACUUAUACGGGUAGUUGCCUGACUGAGAGUCUCUUAAACGAGAUAGAACCUCUGUAACAUGGAGCCCCCUUGUGCCUCAAGGUUUUGCACAAUAUAUUUCGGCCUGUAUCAUUAGGCCUAAUUGAGGUGCUGCU